UGCGCUGUCCUGGCCGGGUGGGAUAUUUCGUCAGCUUUUUUAUUUGCGCUGCAUGGCCGUCAUUUAUAAAUAAGCGUGAAUCGCGUGUGAGUGGUUUUAGCCGGGGGAGGGUUCCUCCCUUAAGGGAGGGCUCAGGAAAGUCAAGGUUUGAUUAUAUCACGUUUUAACACAUCCUUUAUGCUGCAGGGCGGGCCAGCGCUGUGUUGUAUCGGUGCCCCCCGAGAGCUGCCGGCCCGGCGGGUUCAAUUCCCGAGGGAGAGCUUGUUCCCGGCUGGAAUUCCCUGCCGAUCCGGGGCUGCUCAGCCCCCCUCACUGCCGGGGAACGUCCGAACAAAGGGGGCUGCUUUGUCUUUUUUUUUUUUUGAAGCAAAACCGACACGCCCCGAAACUGCCCUUGCCGGGAGCGGGGGGAUCGGCGGCUGCCCUGCCUGGAGAGCGCUCGGGAUGUUCUUCCUGGAGCUUGAGUUCGUCCCGCGCAAUGUCUGGAACUGAUGAUUUUUCGUUGGCAGAUGCUUUACCAGACCAGUCGCCCGCUAAAACCUCCAAAGUGAGCAGCUCCAAGCCUGGCCAGCAGCCCGGGCAGCCUCCGCAGGGCUGGCCGGCUUCCAACCCUUGGAAUAACCCCAGCGCCCCCCCUAUGACACCGACGGGACUGCCACCGAACACGUCCGCUUCCAGCGUGCCCUUCGGACCUCCUCCCACGGGAAUGUAUCCUUCAAUGCCCCCGGGACCGCCUGCUCCAUUUCCUCCUCCUCCUACCGGACCCUCCUGCCCUCCUCCUGGUGGUCCAUAUCCACCCCCAACUGUGCCAGGGCCCGUCCCGCCGGGGCAGUAUCCGCCACCAAACAUGCCCUUUCCAGAGCUUCCAAGACCUUACGGAGGUCCAACAGAGCCGGCGGCGCCUCCUGCUCCCGUUGGGCCAUGGGGAUCCAUGCCCUCCGGAGCAUGGGGACCAACAAUGGGAGGGCAGUAUCCUGCUCCCAGCAUGCCAUAUCCACCCCCAGGGCCAUAUUCCGCUCCUACCCAGACUCCGGGGGCCGCGCCGACGGUGCCGUGGGGCACGGUCCCGCCUGGAACGUGGGGACCUUCACCGCCAGGGCCAUUUCCUCCACCCACAGGAUCAUAUCCAGCUCCAGGACUGUAUCCUACGCCCCCUAAUCCUUUUCAAGUGCCAUCCGGCCCUGCUGGUGCUCCGUCAAUGCCUGGUGGUCCCCAUCCUUACCGCUGAACACGUUCUGGGCAACAAAAUACUGUAGUUUUCCACCUUCAUCCACUACUUACAGAGAUUUUUACAGUUUUUGUUUCAGUAAUGUUUGGGGCUGUGAAGAGUAUUGCCUCUUGUAUGUGCAUCUGAGGUAUGAAGGAGCAGUUUACAUCAAUUUACCUUGCUCAUGCGCUGGCAUAGUUGUUUGGUUUAAUAAAGCGAAUUUACAAAGAGAAGAAAUCAACUAACAUCUGUGGUUCUUACCUUGGCAAGCAUUCCUUGGAAACAAACAAACAAACAAACAAACAAAACUAAAAGAAAAACGGGAGUUGCCAUGUAAGGAUUGUAAAGAAUCAGGCCUGUGGAGUUUAAAAAAAAAAAAGUUAAUUCUUAAAUUUCCAUUAAUGCUUUAAGUCUUGUCGCCAGACUCGCCGCUGGCGACCGAACGGAUGGAUGGUCAUGUUUUGUCUACUUUCAGGUGUAUUCCAAAAAUGUCAAUAAAUUAAGGUGUUUCAGCAUUUUAGGCAAGAAACCGAAUUCCUGAACGUGCUACAGUAACUCUUCUAACGAGACAGAGCAUGUUGAACUCCACGGUUUUCUCUCAGCAUUUUGUACAUACUCAAACCAAUUCCUCGGGUCUGGGACUACGGAGGAGGAGGAGGAGGAGCCGCGUUGGAGACCCUUUUGGUGUGACCUGUCAGCACCGGGGGUGUCGGUGCUCCCAAACAGGCCUUUUCUGUGCAAGUGGAAUAACCUGGAUGUGCAGUUUAAACUUUGAAUCAGCAAAAAAAAAAAAGAAAAAAAGGAAGAAAAAAAAAAAGUGAGGUUCUUUUGUUUUGUGCAUGCCGAUGAGGACGUCCCGUUGCCGGUUCUCAUUCCGUGGUGGUUGGAAAGUUUGGCUUGGUCCGUGUAAAGAGAAACCCGUCCCCUCGUAGGUACUUCCCUGUUUCUGGUCAUUUCAAAUUCUGACUCUGGGGCUGCUGGGCUGUUGUGCAAACCCAGCCAGGCUUUUUCAGAUCCCUGGAAACUGAAAUUGAGCUUAAAAGGUGAAAAAAACCCACCCUGACCAUCCCCUUCCCAGCAGUUUUUGUCACGACGGUUCCGUCGGCUACAGAGAUCCUUGUUGAGGACGAGGUGGGGGAAGCGUCUCCCUGGGGCCCUGCUGAAUGUUAUCCUGGGAGCAGCCCCCUGUUCUCACCUGGGUGUGUGCAUACCUCACGGAGUCAGUGGAAUUUGGGAGAGAUGGAAUGUCAGGAAGCCUGUGCACUGCUGUGCAGCUGCCCCCCCCUCUCUCCGAAGGGGCGCUGCCGUGAGUUCUCGUGUCCUUGCCAUAUCCAAGGGGUUUGCCAAGACACAGCCACGUGUCAGCCAGGAGUCCUGGCCCUCUUGGUGGUACUUCAUGGCCUAGGCUUGGGCCACACACAGUUUGUGUCACCCCCAGCUGGGGGGAAAUCUCCUAACUUAGCCUCUGUGGGUAGAAUUAGGAACAGAUCUUCGCUUCACAUGGUAGCUCAUUAGGGAGUCUUCGUAUCAUGGAACUGUGACAAUGAGUUUAAUUUCUCUUCCAGUACCUUCGUGGCUUCCUGCAUGCGUGUGGUGGGCAGCUUAAAAACACGUGGGGGUGACCUGGUGGUGACUCUUGGUGGUAGUUGCAGCCUUUAUUGCAAAUUCCUACAGUAUUUAUGCAGGAGGAAGCAGCCAGCUGAGCUAUGCCUGUUUAAAUCUGAUGUCAUGAAAGCUGAUAGCAAAGGAAUGUGAUUUUUGGUUUUUUUUUUUGGUUUUUUUUUUAUUUUAGGAAGACAAUACUGGAGCUGAACAAAAAUACUUUAAAACCCAGCAACGUAACCUUAGGAAUAGGAACCAAAAGUCCAAGUCUCCACUAACCUUAAACAAACCCCAGUUGCCCCCACCCCACCCCAAGCAGUCUUGGCUUAGAACCUUGGCAAGACUAACUAAAAACUAACAUAAGAAACAUGGACUGCAUUUGCUGAAGUGCUUUUUUUUUAUUAUUUUUAUUUUUGAUACCUGCAGCCUUAGAGUAUGAAUCGAUGUAAUGAAAACACAGUUAUUCCAAAUGAGUGGAUCAUGCAGUAGCAGCACUCCAGCUGGAAUUGCACUGGCCGUAUGUCUCUGCAGGGAAUGGGAAGAGGUAGGAAAGGGGAAAGCAAAAGUAGCAAGUAAUGCUUUUUUUGGAAAGGGGUUUUGUUAAAAGUAACUAGACUUCUAGGUUCUUCCUGAAAAAUAGGCAGGAUUUAUUACUGGAACAUUUAGGCUAAAAAUUCAAUAUAUAUGGGAUGUUUUUCAAUGUAUAUUCGUAUUUCUUGAGGUCAUGGAGAACUGUUUCAUAACCCCUUCGUUUUUGUGAGCAGAGUUCUUUGCAUAGCAGUGAAAAGGGUAUUUCCUGUUGAAUCUAUUGUGUAAAAAACUCAAGGUGUCACUUAAUAUGCCGUGUAGUAACUUUAUCACAUGUUUAUGUCAAGUGUGAGCAACUUCUGGCCUGAAGCUUUCGCAAUGGAAUUUGUACAUUUCUAUGCAUCGUUUUGAGUUCAACUGCUGAGAAGUUCGUUUUUGACUUGUGCUUUGAGGUUGACAUACUGCGUUUGUUUACAACACAGAAUAUAAGCAAUCACAUCUUUAAAAGUAUAGAUUAUCACCUGCUGCUGUAUUUUCUUUAGAGGAAACGAAAAUAUUGCUGUACGAUAGUGAGAAGCUAUAAAUACAGGAUUUGAUAUUUUUUUGAAAAUGCUGUCACUUUUGUAUAAGAUUAGACAUUAAACGUAUUUUCAAGACUGUUGUGUUCACUUGUUUCUCAAUUCCUGCUUUUGACAUGCCUGUGUAGACUUUUUGCCUUGAAUGAAUAGUAAAAAUAGGACAUCCUUGAUUUUGCAAAGCCUGAAUAUAAAAUCAGAAUUACUUGA